AUGGGGAAGGAAAGAGAGAAAGAUUGUGACCAAGUCUUUGAAGCAGAAAGCCCUUUUCCUCAGGUGCUUUGUGUUUACCCAAGCCAAUGGGAACCGGUCUCCGGGAGAGGCCCACCGCUUGCUUGGGGCAGAGGCUGUCGAGUUCGGCGGGGGCCGCGGCGCCGAGGCCGGAGCGGAGGUGGGCGCCCUCUGCCCGCGAGUGCGGCCGCCCUGUCUAGGGCCCGCAGCAAAGGGCCCCGGCGGCCACGGCUGCGAAGCGCCCCCCACGCUCCUCCAGACCCGGACGGCCUGACACCCCCAACCCCCGACCCGCUCCAACUGCCGCCGCGACCCCGGCCCUCGAUCCGCGAGCCCCGACCGGCACCCGCGCUAUCGCCGGGACCCCACUACUCGCCUCACGACCCCCGCUCCUCCCGGGGACCCCGCCCCUGGCGCGCGGACGCUCGCCCCUCGUCCCUCGCCCCACCACUGCGAACCCUGCCUCGGGCCCUGGCCCUCUCCCCCAAGUCUGACCUUCGCCCUCCUGACCCCAGACCUCGCCCCCCGCCCCUCAUCUCAGACCCCGCCUCGGCCCUCACCCCUUCGCCCCGACCCCCACUGGCCCCCAACUCUGACCUUCGUCCCCUCCUUCCCGGGCCCUCGCCUCAGACCCUCCCUCGCACCCGAACCCCGACCCUUGUCCCCCCAAACGCGGCUGUCAGCCCCUGGACUCCGAUUCUUGCGUGCGGCACGGCCCUCACCCCGCGAUCCCAGCCCUCGCCUCUGGACUGCGGCCCUUGCCUCCUGAUCCCCAGUGUCGCCAUCGUCCUAUCCUCGCUCUCAGACCCUCACUGCCGCCUGGCCCCCGACCCGCAGCCCGAGAAGGGUCUGGGCCAGGGCCGGGAACCGAGGCCCGGCUGA